AUGGCGGACGAUGAGCCUGUUUCAUUUGAUGACCAUGGCGACUUUGAUGAAUUCAAGGCAUACAUCACUACUCCAGAUGUGACCCGUGAACAGCUUCUUCCACGGCUCGUUCACCCCGAAGCCGACGACGAUGACGCUGUUCACAUUGAGGUCCACAUUGGAAAGACAGCUCAAGAACUGAUUCAACACCAUCGGGAUACCACACCCAUCACGAGGAAUAGCAAAAUUCAUCCCAGGCUGUUCAUUGUCGUUGAUACAGCGGACCUGGACAAUCGGGGUGUUCUUCUUGUUGCACUUGAUGAGUACCACGGUUUCAACGACGCCGUUCGUGGUCCAAUCGAUGAGAAGCGUGACGAGCUUAUGUCGCUUUCCAUCGCGAACGAUGACUGGUAUACGGCAAAGCAGAUCAGCGACCAAGACAAGCCUGAAGCUGUGCCGAAGAAGUAUUUUGUCCUCUACAAUUUGAUUUCUGAUCAGGAUGCAUUUGACAAAGCGUUUGAGAGGCUGAAUAGAGGUCUUUCGGAGGUCAACGUGCAAGAUGAGGAGAAUGAAGAGAAUAUGGAUUCGGAUGUUGACUCUGGUGACGAGGACGGUGAAGGCAAUGAUGAUACGAACGAGCAGGAUGAAGAUGAUGAGUGGGAGGAUGAAGACGAAGACGAAGACGAGGAAAUGGGUGAAGAAGAGGAUGACGACGAGGACGAAGAGGGCUGGGAUCACUAUUACAUAGCCUUCAAGCCCGAGGUCCAAACUCUCUCCAAUGUCAAGGAUACUCAUCGAAACCGGGCGAUAGAAAACAACCAGGAUCCCAGCAUGUUUGCCAUUAUCGACAAUGAGUAUGAAAGCCAAGGGACACUUAUCAUGAGAGUUUCUCCAGAGGAUGAUUCUUUUAGAUGCAAAGGCGAUGUUGCAGGAGAGAUCUUGAGAUGGAUUUUCAUCAGCUUUAUGUCCUGGGAUGAAGCGAAGGAAUUUGUUGCAAGGCUAAACUAG